AUGACCAAAAGACCAAUUAGCAAAUGUGAUGCAUGCAUGCUGACUAAGAUGGUGAAUAUAGUAAACAUAUGCUAAACAUCAGCAUGUUAGCAUUGUUAUUGUGAACAUGUUAGCAUGUCAAACUCUAGUUUUAUUCUCUCCUCAUCUCUGUCCCUCGCUCUGUCUCUGUCUCCCAUGUCUCUUUCUUCCAUGCUGCUGAACUGAAGUAAUUUAAUGGGUUGCCAUGGUGCUUCAUACAGGUUUAAGAAAGUGCUUGGUUUAAUUAAAUCAGUAGCUCCUGUUUCUUCUAUCCAUAUAUUGAAGCAGUUAUCUACUGUAUAUUUGUGCUAUUCAGUAGUCUUUUUUCCCACAGCGUCCCUAUAGCCUGGUUGUUAGAUGCAGCGUGGAGGUUUAGAUCUAAGGUCUACUCUGGGUGGAAUGUUUGCAGAGCAUCUUGUGUUUAGCUGUGACAUACUACAUCGUUCUCUCAGUGAGACUCUGCUGAGGGCAAAACACUGUCUUGAAUGAACAUAAACUAAAGCAAUUAUAGACUAAGUUUUUUUUCUAACUGCGCCAGUGGAUGUGUAAAGAGACGUACAAACGCUCUGCACAGUAAAGUACGCAAUACUUGUUUUAGGAGCUGCAUUGAACAAAACUUGGCUAAAUUGUAGGCGUCUUCUUCAACUUUACUUAUUUUCUUAUUUCAGUAGCUACAUAUAGGCCCUGGUAUGUUCACCUACAUUUCCGUAAUGUGAUGAUGACUCAGUUUACCGGACUUGUAGUGACUGUAGGUGUAACUGGCCUAUGAGAAGAGGCAGAUCCCCCGGGGACCAAAGGUGGAGUGGAGCUCAGGGGUCAGGCUCCUCUGAGACCCAGAGCUUCUAGUUUGAAUGGUCCUCCUGUUCAGCUCAACACUGGGCCUGGGAUGGCACUUUAGAGCGGGAUAUAUCCUCAGACCAGGAACUGGAAAAGACCAAUCUGCAGGAGCUUUCUUUUUCAGGAAUAUGCACUUACAGCCCCUGACAUCAAACAUUUGAAAAUGCCAUCCUACAAAGAAAUGCUGGUGUUUGCAGCACUCUUUGCCUUCCUGGGACUGACCCAAUGUCAAAAGUUGCCAAGUUUUGAUCUGCUCGAGGAGUUUCGUGUGCCUGAGUCGAGAGGAGUGAGGAGAGUGGACGGCUCUCAACCUGAGGUGUUGGCCUACCGCAUCAACCCCUCCAUCCAUCUACGGAGGACCAUGAGCGAUGUGUAUCCAGAUGGACUUCCCUCUGACUACUCCGUCAUCGCAACGUUUAAGGUGACCAAAGACAUGGCCAAGAAAUCCUGGGACCUGUGGCAGGUCAGCGACCCCAAGGGACGAGAGCAAGUCGGCCUGCGUUUCCAGGGGGAUACACGCUCUUUAGACUUCUUCUACACUAGCCCCCAUGGGAGCCAGAUGCUGAGGACCUUCCAUGGUGUGGAAAAGUUGUUUGAUGGAGAGUGGCACAAGUUGGCGCUGAGUGUGAAGGGCAGUCAGGUGAAGCUGCUGAUAGACUGUGAAGAGGUCAGUGUGGAGUCCAUUGAUGAGCCAAGGCCAGUCAUCCACCGAGGGUACACCUCCAUCGUUAGGCGCGCUGCUGGAGAUCGCUCAGUGUCUGUGGAUCUCCAGCAGAUGGAGGUGUCUUGUGACCCAGAGCAGGCUUACUCAGAGGGCUGCUGUGAGCUCUCCAGUGUUUGUGGAGGGUACGCAGAGAUCGGCCUAACCGCCGGAAGAGCGUCUUGCAAAUGUAUGCACGGACAACCCGGUAUUCAGGGAUCUCCAGGGCCAAAGGGUCACAGAGGUCUUCCAGGAGAAGCCGGAGACCAAGGAAGACAAGGAAACUGGGGGAUACGGGGAAACACAGGAGACUAUGGCAACAUUGGCGAGACAGGCCCAAAGGGUGAAGAAGGAAUCAAAGGCGAGAAAGGAAUGAGAGGACUCUGGGGCCAAGUGGGAGACAGAGGCCCUAAGGGGCUGAAAGGAUUAAGAGGGGCAGCAGGCUUCAAGGGAGUACGUGGACCACCUGGAGACAUCGGAGAGACUGGGAAAUUAGGAGAAGUUGGUGCUAAAGGCGAAAAAGGAUAUGAAGGGAUUCCCGGAUUUCAAGGAGUAAAGGGAGAAAAAGGGACCACUGGUGUUGCAGGGCGUGCUGGGCCCAGAGGAAAGCAGGGUAUUGUGGGAGAUCCUGGAGAGAGGGGAACUCCUGGAGAGAAGGGGAAGCCUGGGAUCCAUGGACCUGUGGGCAGAGCUGGCACCAUCGGACCAAAGGGCAUUAUUGGAGAUCCGGGCCUUACAGGCAGAGAUGGUGAUGUCGGAAUAGAGGCUUACCAAGGACCACAAGGUCUCAGUGGAAAACUUGGACGAAAUGGAGCAAAGGGAGAGAAAGGCACCCUUGGGCCAGCAGGAGAAAUGGGUCCCCAAGGCCGAACUGGCCCAAGAGGUUACAAGGGUUCUGCGGGGAAGCCAGGAAGACCUGGAUUUAUCGGACCACCGGGACCUACUGGACACGUGGGUGUGCCUGGAAAACCAGGCUCCAAGGGUGACACAGGAAUCCAGGGAAUCCAAGGAGUUAAAGGUGCACAGGGGAAAAAAGGCAUUAAGGGCCCAAAAGGAAAGGUUGGAGACAGGGGUGAGCAGGGUCCUCAGGGAGGACGGGGGAAACGCGGUCCGGCCGGCCCACCUGGAAGUUCGGGCCCUGUCGGAGUCAAGGGGGUUCGGGGUGAAGGAGGACCAGAUGGUUUUCAGGGGCCCCCGGGUCCACCAGGCCCGACCCUCCCUGCUCAGCACGUGAUCGAGGUUUGUAAGAAAGUGGUCCUGGAGCAGAUGUCCACCUUUGCCAACUCAGUGAAGAGGACGUGUGCUGCAGUUUGUCCUUUGUACGGGGACGUGCCCAUGGGUGCCCCUGGUCCCCCCGGACCGAAAGGACCCCCCGGACCUCCUGGUGACUCUGGUAAUGAUGGUGUUGAUGGAGAAGUGGGCCUGCCGGGAUUCUACGGAGAAGCUGGGGAUCUGGGCCGAAAAGGAGAAACAGGUGACAGAGGAGAGCAAGGGGAUAAAGGACCCAAGGGUUAUGGUCUACCUGGCUACUUUGGAGACCAGGGAACAAAAGGUCAGCGUGGACGUCUUGGCAGAGCCUUUAAUGGCCAGCCAGGGAAGCAGGGUGAGAGGGGACACGUGGGCCGGCCUGGACUCAGGGGCCACGCAGGUCUCAGAGGACCUCCAGGUAUUUGUGUCACCUCUGGGUGUGCUCAGCUGAACUCCACCAGCGUGACACCGCGGCCAGCACCGAGGAGGUUGAGGAAUCGCCCGUAGAGGGAAAAAAGAGGCUAUGUGGACGGUAAAUUGAAAAUUGAGCUUAAAGGAGGAAAACAUGGUACUGGACUGUUUUUGUUAAUAUGUGUUUGUUCAAAUAAUUUGAAAUUUUCAUGUAAAUAUGCAUCCCAACUGAAACGUGAACUGAACUUCUGGGAACAUUUUGAUCUACAAAGUUACCAAAGACAACAUGUGAUUUGAAGGAGAGUGGUAACAAAAUAUUUGUAUAAAAAGACCGUCUUCAUUUGAUAGUUUUAUUUAAACUGAUUUCACAAGUCUGAGUUGUCUUUAAACAUCUGUUCUUUAUAAUAAAAAUCUAAAAAUUGA